AUGUGGUCCAUUGAUUCUGCGCGCUUUCCAGAAGAUUUCCGAUCCACAACAUUCCACCCUCGUUGUCUUAUCAAAUCAAAACAAUUGGCGUGUUCGCCUGGAAAUAUGUCGUGGUUGGAAAAUGAAUGGAAUGAAAAUCUUCAUGUCACAUUCAGCAUCCGCCAAAUGUUGCAAAGGGAAAUCCUUAAAGUGAACGUGAAAACAAUAGCUGAAUCAUUUGUGAUUGAAGCGAAGAUUGAUCCUGAAUUGUCAGAAAAUUGA